AUGUUUGGAUCUCGUUCACAUAUGGCGUACCGCCAUAACAAAUUUGGCAGCGUCCGCUCUUUUCGCAAGUUAUUUGAAAUUAUGGAUCGGAAGUACAGCAACAUAUCCAUCACCUUCUUGAUUCUUCACCUUAUCAUGGAGUUGGCCUCGGUGGUAUUGUAUGUAUGGACCUCUAUGGCGUCCGCAGCCACGUCCGUGGCGGAGUUUCACUGGGAUGAAGCCAUGUUUAACGUUGAGCUUGCACUCAAUAUUAUCUUCUUCCUGGAGUGGGUCGCUCUUUUUUUCGGGGAGGAGGACAGGGUGGGGUACUGCCUCUCAUGGCUAUCUAUAGUAAAUGCCUUGACAAGUGUUCCAAUGGCAGUUAUUGGUAUUGGAGGGUUUGUGGACCCAAGGUGGCGCAGCUAUUGGGUUCCCAUGUAUCUUCGCGUGUGGUGGCUGCGUGACUGUGUGGUGGUGCUUUUGGAUUACCCGCAGGUGGAACGUUGGAUGAGGGAAAUCACCCGAGAAGUUUGCCGCUUUCUUAUCUCUUUAUUUGCCGGCAUCUGUACAUGUGCCGCCACACUUCAGAUUGUUGAGAGCAUAACUGGGCCUUACAUGGACAUCUUUGAUGCAUUUUACUGCAUGAUGCUCGCCUUCGCCACCAUUGGCUACGGCGAUGUGACACCGAAAUCAACGCCGUCUCGGCUACUGAUGGGCGUUUUUAUUUUGGUUGCCAUGAGUCACUUCAUGCCAUUGUUUCAGCGAGUGGCCGCCUUUACUCGCCAGCGCUUGCAUUAUAAUAUGUACAAUUCCCAUGGCGGAAGAAGGGCUCAUGUGAUUUUGGCUGGUGUGUUUACGGAGAUGGGAGUAGAAAUUAUUUUGCAGGACUUUUAUGGCGGUUGGCGAAGAUACGUUGACCUAAAAAUUGUGCUGCUCUCACCGGUGGAGCCUCCACCUGAGGUUAAACUGCUGGUAGACUUGCCCUGGUUUAAGGAUCGCGUGCUGCUGAUGAUUGGGGAUCCCCAAAGGGAGGUGGACCUUAAGCGUGCGGAUGCACGUCAUGCCGACGCCAUAUUUUUAUUUGGUGACACCUUUCCAUCCACGUUUUACACGGAUUACAACCUCAUUCAGCAAUCACUUUUCAUCAAUCAUCAUGAUCCUGAGCUCGCACAGUAUUUGUAUCUUCGCAGCGAAAAAAACACCAAACAUGUGGCAUCCUACGCUGCUGGAGUGGUGGAGGGGGAGAGACUCCUGCAUCAUUUGCUUGGCCUCGGUGUUGCUGUGCCCGGAGCUAUCCCACUUAUUAUAAACCUGCUUAGAACCUACGAUCCCAUUACAUUGGACCUGAAUCGGGCCCACCACUGGGUAGAGCAGUACGAGUCGUCUCUACGAAAUAAUAUCUAUUGCGUGGCGGUGCCAGAUGCAUGCCGCGGAGAAAACUUUUGCCCGUUAGCAAAGUUGUUUUUCAAGUAUGAGGUUACGGUCAUAGGCGUUAUCACAGAGGCUGGAAGGGUACAACUGAACCCUGCGCGCUUUGCCGGCUCCAUCACAAAGAUGAUAGUCAUUGCCAGAAGUCCAGAAACGGUGGAAGAGGCCAUUGAAGAGGUGGAGAAAACUUAUGACCCCGCCACCUCCCGAGAGGACGAUCACAAACUGUAUGACUCUUCCUUUUUCAUGGGGAACGGAAAACUGAUCUCGGCAUCCUUGUCAACUGAACUUCCUGAACCUUCUGAGUGCAUUCAGAAAGUGGAUCAUGCUUAUGAUUUUGAAAACCACUUUGUUGUCAUCGAUCUCUCCAUAGCAAAGGAUCGUGCGGCGGAGACGGAGGGAGCACACGAGGGAACCCUGACUUCCGCAGCCGUCAACGUUUUUCACGUUAUGCAGUGUAUUCGUCAGUCGUAUCCUCAAAAUGACAUUGUGCUAUUGACGAAGGAUACAUCCUUUUCAGUGUACUUUGACCGCUAUUGGAAUAGCUUCAAUGGGGCACUUCCUAUAAGGUAUGUAGACGGCUGCGGGUUAAAUGGGAAUGACCUGCGGCGCUGUAACCCCCAGGAAAGUGCUGGCAUCAUCAUUCUUGCCUUUGGCGGCACCAGUAGUAAAUCAACCACCGGAUUGUCGAUGCUCGUUAACCUCUCCAUUGCCUCCAUCCUCCCCUCCUCGCACAACAUCCCCGUUGUGGUGGAGCUAGAUAGUCUUCAGCACCUUUCUCUGUUCCCGCCCUACGCGGAGUAUGACCGCUUCCGUAAGAAGGCGGAAGUGGAUUUUGUUUAUGAACCAAAUUACAUCAUUGGCAACGCCAUUAGCAGACUUAUGCUUUUUCCUGCCGUCCACCUUACGUAUUUCAUGCCAGAGUUCAUUGACAUUUUUGACAUGCUUGUGAGCGGUGUGGAUCAAGAGACUCCUUCGCUGGGGCGACUUUCACUGGCUCUUUCAUACGAGGUGAUUGAAACCUACAAGGAUGUCGUGAACUACUGCCUUAGCCUACGCUACAUACCCAUUGCUUUGCAUGUUUGCAUUUACGACACAAAUAAUGUAUCUCUUAACGGCCAACGAUUCGUCAUGACAAAUCCACCGAUAGACUUCCCAGUCGAUCGGGAGAAAGACGCUGUCUUUUACUUGCUGCCCACGUGA